AUGACCUUCCUGUAUUGCAAGUGGCUGAUAGCCGCCAAUAUCGUCACCCGACGUAGGAGAAUAUCAGACUCAGAGGAAGAGGUAGCUCCACGACAAGCAACAGAAGCUACUCGUGAAGCUGUUAUGUCGCCUCGAGGAAAGGAUGCUGCUGAAUCUUCCAGAAAGGGAAAGGAACCGGCCCGCCCAACCGACAGUGAAGGAGAGUUUGAUAGUAAGGAAACUGAAACUUCUGAAGGAACGGGUGAGACUGAUUCGAGUUCUGAGGAGGCGGCUGGCCUCCCCGAUUCUUUCUUUGAAAGGGGACUUGUACGCCCUUCUGCUGCACCUACUCAACCACAGAAUGCUCCGAAAAGAAGGGAGAGAGUCGUUAUGACUUAUCCCAACCGGAUGACGGUAGAGGUUCAUAGUGGGGAUGAAGACGAUGAAGAGGAUGAAGUGCCUCUUGCUCGCCGGCAAAGAUCGCAAUCUUCCACUCAAGUUCAAACCCAGGUCCCUCCCAGCACUGAAUUACGCACCAAACGUCGUCACGAAUGUUCUGAAUCACAUCCACCGAAGAGAUAA